AUGUAUGUUUAUAAGAGAGAUGGCCGUAAAGAGCCAGUUCGCUUCGAUAAAAUUACUGCUAGAGUGCAAAGACUUUGUUAUGGGCUUGAUACAGGGCAUGUUGACGCUGUGGCGAUUACUCAAAGGGUAAUUUCAGGAGUCUAUCAAGGUGUUAAUACUAUAGAGUUAGAUAAUUUGGCUGCUGAAACUGCCGCUUAUAUGACUACCAUUCACCCAGACUAUGCCAGCUUGGCUGCUAGGAUAGCCAUUUCGAACUUACAUAAACAAACUACCAAGCAAUUUUCUCAAGUUUGCAAAGAGCUAUAUGAUUAUGUCAAUCCAAAAACUGGAUUACACUCUCCUAUGAUCUCGAAGGAAACUUACGAGAUAGUGCAAGCUAAUGCUAAUGAAUUAAAUUCUGCAAUUGUUUUUGAUCGUGACUUCAACUACAACUACUUUGGUUUCAAGACGUUAGAAAGAUCAUAUUUAUUGAGAAUUGACGGAAAGGUCGCUGAAAGACCUCAACACUUGAUUAUGAGGGUCGCAGUUGGUAUUCACGGGGAUGAUAUUGAACGGGUUAUUGAAUCUUAUAACUUGAUGUCUCAAAGGCAUUUUACCCACGGAUCACCAACUUUAUUUAACGCUGGUACCCCUAACCCUCAAAUGUCUUCCUGUUUCUUAGUUGCUAUGAAGGAAGAUUCUAUUGAUGGUAUAUAUGACACAUUGAAGACAUGUGCGUUGAUAUCUAAAAGUGCAGGUGGCAUUGGUUUGCAUAUCCACAAUAUUCGUGCUACUGGAGCAUACAUUGCGGGCACAAAUGGAACCUCCAAUGGUAUAAUUCCUAUGGUUCGUGUCUUCAAUAAUACUGCUCGUUAUGUUGACCAAGGAGGUAAUAAAAGACCAGGCGCUUUUGCCUUAUAUCUUGAGCCUUGGCAUGCGGAUAUCUUUGAGUUUAUUGAUAUUAGAAAAAAUCAUGGUAAGGAAGAAAUAAGAGCUAGAGAUUUAUUUCCCGCAUUAUGGAUUCCAGACUUAUUCAUGAAGAGAGUUGAGCAAAACGGUGAAUGGACUUUAUUCUCUCCUAAUGAGGCGAAAGGCUUGGCAGAUGUAUAUGGUGACGAGUUUGAGAGCUUGUACGAGAAGUACGAAAAAGAAAAUCGUGGAAGACAGACCAUUAAAGCUCAAAAGUUAUGGUAUGCUAUAUUAGAAGCUCAGACUGAAACUGGUACACCAUUUAUGCUUUACAAAGAUGCUUGUAACAGAAAGACAAACCAAAAGAACUUAGGUAUUAUCAAAUCUUCAAACUUAUGCUGUGAAAUUGUUGAGUACUCAUCACCCGAAGAAGUGGCUGUUUGUAACUUAGCUUCAAUUGCGUUACCAUCAUUUGUGGAAAAGGAUGCAACUUCGACUUGGUAUAAUUUCGAAAAGCUUCACGAGGUUACAAAGGUUGUUACACGUAAUUUGAACAGAAUCAUCGAUCGUAACUAUUAUCCCGUUCCAGAAGCAAAAAGAUCCAAUAUGAGAAACAGACCUAUCGCUUUAGGUGUCCAAGGUUUAGCUGAUGCUUUUAUGGCUUUGAGAUUACCAUUUGAUUCCCAAGAAGCUAGAGAACUAAACAUUCAAAUUUUUGAAACCAUAUACCACGGAGGUGUGGAAGCUUCUAUUGAGUUAGCAGAAAUUGAGGGCUCAUAUGAAUCAUAUGAGGGUUCUCCAGCAUCGCAGGGAUUAUUACAAUUUGAUUUGUGGGACAGAAAGCCAACCGAAUUGUGGAAUUGGGACACUUUGAAACAAAACUUGGCUAAACAUGGCUUAAGAAACUCUUUAUUGGUUGCUCCAAUGCCUACAGCUUCAACUUCACAAAUAUUAGGAAACAAUGAGUGCUUUGAGCCUUAUACAUCUAACAUUUAUUCGAGGAGAGUUUUGGCUGGUGAGUUCCAGAUUGUGAACCCAUACUUGUUGAGGGAUUUAGUCGACUUAGGUUUAUGGAAUGAUGCUAUGAAGAAUAACAUUAUUUCCAAUAAUGGCUCUAUUCAAUCUUUACCGAAUAUCCCAGAUCAAAUUAAAGCGUUGUAUAAAACAGUCUGGGAAAUUUCACAGAAGCACAUUAUUGAUAUGGCGGCAGACAGAGCAGCUUUUAUUGACCAAUCGCAAUCUCUCAACAUCCACAUUAGAGCACCAACAAUGGGCAAGUUAACUUCAAUGCAUUUCUAUGGAUGGAAGAAGGGUUUAAAGACAGGUAUGUACUAUUUGAGAACUCAAGGUGCAGCAGCUGCAAUUCAAUUUACUGUCGAUAAAACCUCAGUUGGAGAGGCCGGGAAAACGGUAGCUAUUUUAGAAAAAUUGAACCAAAGAAAAUAUAUUGCAAGGUCAAGCUCUCAAAGUGAGAACGAUUCAGCUUCUACUAAAUCCGCUUCGACGGAGCCCUCUUCCUUAGAGAAUUCUGUGGCUGAGUUAAAGAUAAGUGAACCAAAAGAUGAAGAAAAAGAAGAGCCGUCAGAAAAUACUGAGAGUGAUAUAUACAGCUCAAAGGUAAUUGCAUGUGCAAUCAACAAUCCUGAAGCUUGUACUAUGUGCUCUGGUUGA